GACUCUCGAGUCGAGUAGAUCUUCGAGUGUCGUCGUCGUUGAAUGGAAAUGUUCUGCAGUGGUUCACCAGGUUCACGGUUCGAAUAGUUUUGAGUGGCUCCAUUGCAAGUGUGUAUGUACUUUUGGAUGUUGACAUUUUUGGCCGGGACUGUACCAGCAUCAGUGAUCACAGUGAUCUGAAAGGCUAAAUUUUACUCAGGACAAAUCAGUCUAUAGAGACAUUCUCCUUCACCAUGGCCAGUGACAAUAGCGACGAGGUCUUGACGGAUUUGGAGACUGAAAAGCAACAUUUCAAAGAUGUCUUCAGGUCUUUUGCGUUUUACAGGGUGUUUGCCAUGCGUCGGCUUGAGCAGUCUGAUCGGUACCUGGCUGCAUUGCCUGCACACCAUCUGGAAAUGCUUCAGCCAGAUAUUGGACAGCGGCAGAAGCUUAUCAAGACAGCCAUUGAUGUCAACUUUGAGUUCAUCCGGGAGAUGCUGCAGAGCUCCAAGGACAUGUUCUCGAACUCCUCCGUGUCACAAGAUGUGCCAGAUUUCGACGAUCGCAGUGGCACAUGCGGUCAUCAACACCGUCGUGGCGAUGAAGCCGCGCCAGGCAAUGAUCAGACUCACGGUAAUAGGAAACAGAAGAGGCCAGCGCACAUUGCCGACGAACCGGAGCCGUUCACCAUGGACAAGGUGAUGACGACGCUAAAGCAGUUUUACCGAGAUUGGAGUGCAGAGGGUGUAGCAGAACGUGAAGCGUGCUAUGGUCCUAUCAUAACUCAGCUCAAACACUACUGUCCACUGCCCAGUGAAGAAGAUGCUGCACCACCUCGAGUUUUGGUACCUGGAGCUGGCCUUGGCAGACUUGUCUUUGACCUGGCUCUAUUAGGCUACGAGUGUCAGGGCAAUGAAUGGAGCAUGCACAUGCUGAUCGCGUCUAACUUCAUCAUCAACCGAAGCGCCGAUGCCCAGAAAUUAACAAUCCAUCCCUGGGCGCUCAACUUCUGCAAUAACGUAAAAACAGCAGAUCAGCUGAUGGGUUUCAAAGUACCCGAUGCUGUGCCAGCGUUAGUGCUCAGUCCCUCGUUCCGAUUCUCAAUGUCCGCUGGCAACUUCCUGGAAGUCUACACAGAGCCUGAAUCGUGGGAUUGUGUCGUCACCUGUUUCUUCCUGGACACGGCCCACAACCCGCUGGCUUACAUUGAGUGCAUACACAACAUUCUAACUCCCGGCGGCAUCUGGAUCAAUCACGGCCCGCUACUGUGGCAUUGGUCGGACACACAGGAUCAGAUGUCAAUAGAACUGAGCUACGAGCAGAUUCGACGAGUCCUCAAGGAAAAGUUCCACUUCAACCUACUGAUGGAAGAGGUUGGAGUUCGCAGUGGGUAUAUUCAAAACCCACUUUCGAUGAUGAAAACGCUUUACGAUAGCGUAUUGUUCGUUGCUCAAAAGCCACCCACUAUCACCACCACUACCGGAGACAACUGACAACCUGACAACUGAGUAAACCAAGAGCGUCUACCCCGGUCAAGAUCCACCAUGUUCUUUCACAACUCACAGCUUUCUAGUACAACGUUUCGUGCAAGCCAUGCAGAAUGCAUCGGAAAUAUCUCGUUUCGUUUCUCCCCGCAAGGCGUUUUUGCUUGCUUUGAUGUGCUGUAUGUGCUCCUGUGGAUGUGUUCCUGUCUCUCCCUCUGUGGUACAAAAACAGUACGUUUUGUGUUUUGUUCUACUAGUCUGGCAAAUCUGCAGCUCACAACCCAAACAUUAUUUUCUUCAAUAUGAACAAUUAAUCCAUUAGCACAAUGGGCAGCAAA